GCCGAGUAUUGCUGGAUUUAGCUGGCCAAACUUUCACCCGCAGGUCGUCGGAGGAGGAGGCGAGGUCCAGGAUGGUCCGUCAACUUGUCUCGGUGUGGCUCGUGGCAGUCUGGAGCGGCAGUGUGUCGGCAGUCAGGGCCACUGCAGUGUCCCGUGAAAGCGGGGGCGACACCAGCCACGUCAUUGGUGUCGCCAGUGUCGGAGCGCUCUGCGUUGUGUUGAUCCUUGCGCUGUGCACAAGCAGGAGACGAAAGCAGGAGAAAGACGAGCGAAUUUUGACCCAACGGCGACUUACCCAAGUCUACCUGGAACGGGGCGACGUGUGUGCCGCCACGUACAACGUGUACGACGUGCCAGCGCCAAUGCGUAGUGCCCGAUCGAAUGCUGGGUCGGCGGCAUUCAGCGGCUUCAACGGCCCUAUCGACGAUAUCAAGCUCCGCAGCGAAGAUAUCAAGUUGGGCAGUGCGAGUUUGCAGCAGCCCCUAGACGUGCAGGUGCUGUCGAGCCAGCGGUCGGGCCUGUCGUCGUACAACGGCUCGACCUACCAGAGCUCUGUUGAUCGCAGCGCACCCACGUACAAGCACCAACCUGCCGGCAGCGACGACGUGAUUCGAAUGGGCAGCGCCGCCCGCGUCGGACAGUCGGGCAGGCCGAGCUCCCGGCGCCAGCACUUUUCCUCCAGUCAAAGCAACAGCAUCCGCCUUGGGCACAGCCAAGACCGCGCCGUGCUGUCGAAAAGUGGCCACGAGCGAAGCCUUGGUGACACGUCGGUCGCGUCCGAGAUCACCAAAUCCGACGAAGACACCCUCGACAUGUGGCGCUUGGAUGAGACGCACAUCAAAACGAUCACCAUGCUGUCGCGAGGGGCGUAUGGAGAAGUCUGGUAUGGCGAGUACCGAGGCACGUCGGUCGCGAUCAAGAAGCUGCUGGCGAGUCGGUCGACGAGCGACGAGCUCAAGAAAUUCGUUGGCGAGAUCGUGCUCAUGGCCAAGCUCGACUGCAAGUUUAUCGUCAAGUUUAUCGGGGUCAGCUGGUUCCGAAAAGCCGAGAUGAUGCUCGUGCUCGAGUACAUGGAUCAGGGCGACUUGCGGUCGAUUUUGGAAAAGACCACACCCGACACGUUUGCGCUCGAAGACAAGGUGAACUGCGCGCUGAGCGUGAUUGAGGGCCUCGUUUACUUGCACACGCUCGACACCACAAUCAUCCACCGCGACAUCAAGUCGCGCAAUGUCCUCUUGGACAGCGAGAAAGGCACCAAACUGACGGACUUUGGAGUGUCGCGCGAAUCGACGUCGGAAACGAUGACGAUCGGCAUCGGGACGUACCGGUGGAUGGCGCCAGAGAUCCUCACCGACAGCCACUACAGCCAUGCCGCCGACAUCUACUCGUUCGGCGUGAUCUUGGCCGAGCUCGACAUGCACAUUUUGCCGUACAGCGACCAAGUCAACGAAAAAGGAAACCCGCUCAACGACACGGCCAUCAUGGGCCGCGUCAUGCAUGGCACGAUCCAGCCGACGUUUUCGUCGUUGUUUCCGGCGCUACUCCUCGGCCUCGCCAAGCAAUGUCUUUCGUACGCCCCCGACGACCGACCGACAUCGAUGGAAAUUGCGCAUCAACUUCGCCAGUUUCGAAAACGAAACCUCGCCGCCGCGUCGUCGAUGGCGUAGGGGGGACACUCCCAUCUUCUGCCGCGGGAUUGCACGCACCCCCGUGGAAACCGGUCGACGACAUGCUCGAUGCCCCCCGAUCGAUAACGCUACAACGUACCAGAAUGUGUGAAGCAGUUGGACACGAAGCACAUGAUCGUUUCAUCGAUAGAUGAAUGCAUGGGAGGCCGUCAAAAUCGAAAGCCAACGUGCUGGAUGGUACCAAAAUAUGAAUGCGUUUGUCGUCGUGUGCUGCGCUUGUCCUGUCGUGCGGAUCCACAGGUGUUAGCAUGCCUUUCAACGACGCGUGAAGG